ACUCUCUCUGUUCUUGAAAUUAUAAUUAUUUUCUUCUUCGCUUUUUUUUUUUUCACUUAAAACAGCCCUUCUAUUCCACUGAAACCCAUUAAGCAUUUCGGGUUACAAUAUAAUAGAUGGAGGCAGAUCGAGUGAGGGCAGGAGGAAACUAGGGUUUGUUCAAGACCUUGCUUCUUUAUUAGUUUACGAAUUGAAAGCUUCGGAGGAAAGCAAUUUAAUGAUCAAAGGGAGGAAACCUAGGUCUAGAGCGGAACGGGAGUUGGGCAUUUUGGUUCCUGCCGCUUGCUCUUGUUUUGCUGUUUUUUUGUUCACUUGGAUGUAAGAUAAUCAGAUCUGGGAUGGCGGAUCUGUGUGGUGGCGAGGGAGGGGAGGGAUUCAGACCUGAGGCCAGCAUCGGAGGCAAUGCAGCUUCUCCGGCGUUAACCCCGGCGCCUCCGUUUGCAUUCCCUGGCAUGCUAGCUGCAUCGGCAUCGUUUAAGGGGGAUGGCAAGUCUUCAGGGAAAGAGAGACGGAAGCCCGCGAUAAGGCCAAGCCUGGAUGCGGAGGAGUUCAUAAAUCUGCUGCACGGAUCUGAUCCGAUUAAAGUAGAGCUCAAUAGGCUGGAGAAUGAAGUUAGAGAUAAAGACCGGGAAUUAGGCGAGGCCCACGCUGAAAUAAAGGCGCUGAAACUAUCAGAGCGUGCGAGAGAGAAAGCAGUCGAAGAGCUUACAGAAGAGUUGACCAGGGUGGAUGAGAAGCUUAAGUUAACCGAGUCUCUAUUGGAGUCUAAGAACCUUGAAAUCAAGAGAAUAAAUGAUGAGAAGAAGGCAUCCAUGGCUGCUCAAUUUGCAGCAGAAGCUACACUUCGACGGGUUCAUGCAGCUCAAAAAGAUGAUGAUAUGCCUCCCAUUGAAGCUAUCCUUGCACCCCUUGAAGCAGAACUUAAGCUGGCUCGCCAAGAGAUCGCUAAGCUGCAAGAUGACAAUAGGGCGUUAGAUCGCCUAACCAAAUCAAAGGAAGCUGCACUGCUUGAAGCAGAAAGAACUGUUGAAAUUGCAUUGGCAAAGGCUUCUAUGGUAGAUGAUUUACAGAACAAAAAUCAAGAAUUAGUUAAGCAGAUUGAGAUCUGCCAGGAAGAAAAUAAGAUCUUGGAUAAAAUGCAUCGACAAAAGGUUGCGGAGGUCGAAAAGCUUAGCCAGACUGUACGGGAGCUAGAGGAAGCUGUUCUUGCGGGUGGUGCUGCAGCAAAUGCUGUGAGAGAUUACCAGCGAAAAGUUCAAGAGAUGAAUGAUGAGAUGAAGACUCUUGAUAGAGAGCUGUCACGUGCAAAGGUUUCUGCUAACAGGGUUGCAGUAGUUGUUGCAAAUGAAUGGAAAGAUGCAAAUGACAAAGUAAUGCCUGUUAAGCAGUGGCUUGAGGACCGGCGAUUUAUGCAAGGAGAAAUGCAACAGCUACGAGAUAAGCUUUCUAUAGCAGAACGCACUGCUAAAUAUGAAUCUCAGCUGAAGGAAAAAUAUCAGUUGCGGCUGAAAGUACUUGAAGAGGGUCUGAGAAUGUCUUCUAGUGGUGUUAAUCGUACCAGUGUGGAGGGCAGGAGCGUAAGCAAUGGCCCUUCACGCAGACAAUCAUUGGGAGGUGCUGAUAAUAUGUCAAAGGCUUCCCCUAAUGGUCUUCUAACUAGGAGGACUUCAUCCUUCCAGUUUAGAUCUUCCCUCUCAAGUGGUUCUAGCAUGGUGUUGAAGCAUGCAAAAGGAACGUCAAAGUCCUUUGAUGGCGGAAGUAGGUCAUAUGAUCGCAAUAAAGUCCUUGCCAAUGGGAUUAAUUAUUCACACAACAAAUCUACUGAUGAGACGAGGGAUGGUGAUGCACGUAGCAAUUGGAAGGAUAGUUUAGAGGAGAAACCUGAUGAGCUUCGCACUGAAGAUGCAGAUGACUCUGUGUCUGGAUUGUUGUAUGAUAUGCUACAGAAGGAGGUGAUCACUCUCAGAAAAGCAUGCUAUGAGAAAGACCAAAGCCUGAAGGACAAAGAUGAUGCCAUUGAGAUGCUGGCAAAGAAAGUAGAUACAUUAACAAAGGCAAUGGAAGUAGAGGCCAAGAAAAUGAGAAGAGAGGUGGCUGCCAUGGAGAAGGAGGUUGCUUCCAUGCGAGUAGAUAAAGAGCAAGAUAAUAGGGCAAAACGUCUUGGUAGUUCUAAAGUUCCAACUAACACUUCGCAGCUCCUUCCUGGAAGAAAUGUACCUCGAAGUGGAUUGAUGCGCAACCUUCAAUGAGAGUAUGUGAUAUGCCACGAGGAAUAUUUUCUCGAGGUCCUCUUCUUUUCAAUGAUUCCUUUCCUACUACCUACCUGCUUAGGUUUUAGAUCGAGACAUGCCAUUAUCUCUGCUUUAGAUUGAGAUUGGUAAGGAAAACAUCAAGGGAGAAGAUGGGUCUGCACCUGACAUUUUGACUAAUGGCAUACUAGUAUUAUAGGAGUGAAGCUAAAGAUUCUAACUUUUUGUGUGACCUUAUCUGAUAAUAACUUUGUUGUUUGGUUGUAUAGGUUUCUAGGCCUCUGUAAUUUCAUCAGUAUCAUGAUUUUUUUUUUCCUUAUGUAUUUUGGGUUGUGAAUAUUAUUGUAAUUUCAGAUAGCCUUGUUGCUUUCACUAAAUGGUUGUCUGAUAAUUUCAGUCUUUGAUUUAUUUGUUUGCUCCCUUUA